CCUUCAUCAACAUUGCAUUCCUCCUGGCUCUUCUUCAUCGACCUCUUUUUAUUCCAGUCUGCGCAAUCAUACACAAUGUCUUCGGCUGAGCAGUACAUCAGGACAGAAUACCCUGUUAUCGACUCGGACCCUCAUUUCUCCAGGGUGGUUCGCUAUAUGCGAGGCUCCGACCUCGCUGCCUGGGGAGGCUUGACCGCCGGUGGCCCUGCUAUCUUACUUGCCCUUGAACGCAUUCGUCCUGCUGCUGGACCAAAAGGAAUCAACUUUGCUUUGGGUGUCGCCACUGCACUGGGAUUCAUGGGCGGCUUCCUCUUCUCGUAUCAGAAAUCAAGCCUUCGCUUCUGGGGGUGGGAGGAGAACGCCAGGGAGCAGACCAGGAGCCGCGAAGAAAUGGCUACGCGCGCCGCUGCUGGUCUUCCUGCGUAUGGUGAACCAACUAUGGACGACGCUGCUCAGGCUGCAGCCGCUAGAAACUCCAAGUAUGCGGCCUUGAAGUUCUCUGCCAUUCCUUGGUUCAACACCACGAACCACAAAUAUCACCUCUCCGAUACCACUGCUGCCAAAAGCGAGAACUAAAUAGACCGAUGUCUGGGAAGACAACCACCUCAAUAGAUCCUACAAGAC